CGCCAUCCCUAGAUUGGACCCGCGGAGGCGAAUCUUUAACAGCGCUUAACCCUAAUUAGAUUCAAAGGUGGAAUCUUUCCAAAUUAAACUCAGCAUUUUAUGAAAAUAAAAAUAAAAUAAAACCACCUUCCCAUUCAUCUCUUCUUCAUUUCGGAAGAGAGAAAAAACGUUGUUGGCCAUCAUGUGUGGAAUACUUGCAAUUUUCGGUUGCAUUGAUAAUUCUCAGGCCAAACGUUCAAGAAUCAUCGAACUUUCUAGAAGGUUGCGCCACAGAGGACCUGAUUGGAGUGGAUUACAUAGCCACGAGGACUGUUAUCUUGCUCAUCAACGAUUGGCAAUAGUGGACCCAACUUCUGGAGAUCAGCCACUGUAUAAUGAGGACAAGACCAUUGUUGUUGCGGUAACUUGUUUAAGUGGAGAAGGGCAAAGCGGGGCUCAUUAUUUACUGAUAUGGAACUGUUCGCCACUUCCUCUCCGGGAUUCCUCAGUUAUAAAAAGGGUUAACGGGGAGAUCUAUAACCAUAAAGCAUUACGGGGACAAUUGAAGUCCCAUCAAUUUCGAACUGAAAGUGAUUGUGAAGUUAUAGCCCAUCUUUAUGAAGAACAUGGAGAAAACUUCAUUGACAUGUUGGAUGGGAUGUUCUCUUUUGUUCUUCUUGACACCCGCGAUAAAAGUUUCAUCGCUGCUCGGGAUGCCAUUGGCAUUACACCCCUUUAUAUGGGGUGGGGUCUUGAUGGGUCCAUAUGGUUUUCCUCGGAGAUGAAAGCCUUAAGUGAUGAUUGUGAACGAUUUGUUAGCUUCCUUCCCGGUCAUAUUUAUUCAAGCAAAACUGGAGGACUUAGAAGAUGGUACAACCCACCAUGGUUUUCGGAAAACAUUCCUUCUACGCCAUAUGAUCACCUUGUCUUAAGGAAGGCUUUUGAAAAGGCUGUAGUUAAGAGACUCAUGACGGAUGUACCAUUUGGUGUGCUUCUCUCAGGCGGACUGGAUUCUUCACUUGUUGCUGCAGUGGCUAACCGCUAUUUGGCUGAUACUGAAGCUGGUCGACAAUGGGGAUCACAGUUGCAUACGUUUUGCGUAGGCUUGAAGGGUUCUCCUGAUCUGAAAGCUGCCAGAGAGGUGGCAGACUACCUUGGAACUCGUCACCAUGAGUUUCACUUUACAGUGCAGGAAGGAAUUGAUGCCUUAGAAGAAGUCAUAUAUCAUGUUGAAACUUAUGAUGUGACCACUAUCAGAGCCAGUACACCAAUGUUUCUUAUGUCUCGGAAGAUAAAGUCCUUGGGUGUGAAAAUGGUUUUAUCUGGUGAAGGUUCUGAUGAAAUUUUUGGUGGUUAUUUAUAUUUCCACAAGGCACCCAACAAAGAGGAGUUUCACCAAGAAACUUGUAGAAAGAUUAAAGCACUUCAUCUUUAUGAUUGCUUGAGGGCCAAUAAAUCUACUUCAGCUUGGGGUGUUGAAGCUCGUGUACCUUUCCUGGAUAAAGAAUUUAUCAAUAUUGCAAUGAACAUCGAUCCAGAAUGGAAAAUGAUCCAACCUGAUCUCGGAAGAAUAGAAAAGUGGGUUUUACGCAAUGCUUUUGACGAUGAUCAGAAUCCUUAUCUGCCAAAGCAUAUAUUGUAUAGGCAGAAAGAACAGUUCAGUGAUGGAGUUGGCUACAGUUGGAUUGAUGGCUUGAAGGAUCACGCAAACAGUCAGGUUUCUGAUUCUAUGUUAACAAAUGCAAGUUUUGUUUACCCACAUAACACUCCGAUAACAAAGGAAGGAUACUAUUAUAGAACUAUUUUCGAACGAUUUUUCCUAAAGGCUGCUGCAAGGGAGACUGUUCCAGGUGGUCCAAGUGUGGCAUGCAGCACUGCAAAAGCUGUAGAAUGGGAUGCAGCUUGGUCCAAGAAUCUAGAUCCAUCUGGUCGAGCUGCUCUCGGUGUUCAUGAAGCUGCUUAUGAGGUUAAAGAAACCUGAAGUUGAUAAAGCUGCAUUAGCUGUUUGGUUGUAUAUCUUCUUUCAAAACUGACUUGUUCCUUUGAAUUCUUUGCUGCUAUUUAUACCCUCGAGUUUUUCUGGUUGUAGAUGCUGUGUUCACAGUUACAAAUAUUUAUUUUACUUGAGAAGAAAUAUGCAUCACUUAUGACA